AUGGGCUUUGAUCUGGAGAGGUUUGUGGGCUAUGUGAAUGAGGGUCUGCUGUGCUGUGUGUGCAGAGAUGUCCUCGAGCGCCCCCUUCAGGGCCCCUGUGAACAUGCCUAUUGCAGCGCCUGUAUCAGCAGCUGGCUGCUCCAUCAUCACUCCUGCCCAGAGGACAGACUGCCUCUGGAUGUGGGCAACCUCAAACCGCUGUACAGGUACAUGAGAAAUGACUUGAACCGCCUACAGAUCCGUUGUGUGAACGCAGGUCAGGGUUGUGAGGCGGUCUGCUCCCUGGAGAAUCUACACGCUCACGAGGACGAGUGUGAGUUUGCCUUCAUCUCCUGCUCUAACACAGGUUGUCCUGUCCAGGUAGAGAGGAGAGGUCUGGAGGCUCACCUGGCAGAAUGUAACUUCCGCAGCAGGGAGUGUCCGAAUGGCUGCGGUCACACUCUUCUCUCCAUGGAUCAGGCGCAGCAUAACUGUGUAGCAGAGCUACGCACUGAGGUGGAGAUGCUCAGGGCGGAAAUGUUGUGUAAGGUUGAGGAGGUGAGGCGAGAGAUGGAGUCGAGGUUGGACUCACAGAGGAGACACAUGGUGCAGAAGGAGUCCCAACUAAAGAAUGAUGUGGAGGAGCUCAAGGGUCAGUUGUCCCGCGUGAUGUGCGACAUGCGAGCCCUGCUAGGAGCAGAGCGUCUCAGGAGACAGGAGCUGGCAGAAGCAGAGCUGGAGAAGAGAGAGCUGCUGGAGCUCCUCAGGGACCUGCAGCCCACCAGGAGUCAGUAUCCUGCAGAGCCAGCAGUCAGAGAGCAGCUUCAGGGAGAUCUGCAUGCGUCUGGGUGGGACCUACAUGCUGAGCCGAUAAGACAUCAGCAGAGGGAGUCACCUUUACACGCCUCCAGCCUGUCACUUCAUUCAGCUCAGGCUGCAAAUAUCUCAGGUCCACCUUCAUCACCUCAGCUGGGAGAAGGGGCCCGAAAGGGGGGGACGAGGAGUCUGACUCUGGAUUGCAUCAAGAGGAAGAGUCGAGAGGUGACGGUUAUCUGA